AUGACUCAUUUCACUUUUUCUCUGAUUGGAGUUUUUAUUGAACCCAUCGUUGAAGUAUUGAGUAAGUUUUAUAUGUAUUAUUUGGAGAGUUGUAUCGGCUACUCAGUCGCCACACACAGGGACGCUGCAGUCACCACACACAGGGACGCUGCAGUCACCACACACAGGGACGCUGCAGUCACCACACACAGGGACGCUGCAGUGGCCACACACACGAGCGCUGCAGUCACCACACACAGGGACGCUGCAAUCGCCAUACACAGGGAUGCUGCAGUCGACACACACUUGGACGCUGCAGUCCGCACACACAGGGACGCUGCAGUCACCACACACAGGGACGCUGCAGUGGCCACACACACGAGCGCUGCAGUCGCCACACACAGGGACGCUGCAAUCGCCAUACACAGGGAUGCUGCAGUCGACACACACUUGGACGCUGCAGUCCGCACACACAGGGACGCUGCAGUCACCACACACAGGGACGCUGCAGUCACCAUACACAGGGACGCUGCUGUCACCACACGCACGGACGACGCAGUCACCACACACACGGACGCUGCAGUGGCCACACACACGAGCGCUGCAGUCGCCACACACAGGGACGCUGCAAUCGCCACACACAGGUAUGCUGCAGUCGACACACACAUGGGCGCUGCUGUCACCACACACAAGGAUGCUGCAGCCACCACACACAGGGACGUUGCAGUCACCACACACAGGGACGCUACAGUCAUCACACACAGGGACGCCGCGGCUGCAGUCGCUACGGGAAUGAGAUACAUACGGUACUGA